GCUUGGGCAGCUGAGAAAGACACCGCUCGCCUUCUUCCGCUGAUCAAACGGGUACUGCGAAUUUGGACGCUGAAAAACUUCAUCAAGGAGAAAGGACAGACUGGUGUGCAGUGAGAGGGGUGGAGAGAUGGACUUUCAGUCACUGGGACAGGGAGGGACCAGCAUGUCAUCUGUCCCCUUCAGUGCUGCCAGUGUGCAGGAGACAACCCCACAGCUGUCUGCAGGGAACCCGGACAAUGGGAGAGGAGAACAGGUGAACUCAGAUGAAGAGUCCAUGGAUGAAGAACUGGACUUUAACUGGGAGGAGUUUCUUGAGGAAAUGAAUGGCACUGCUGCACCCCACACCUCAUUUAAACAUGUGGAGAUCAGCUUACAGAGCAGCUUCCAGCCUGGGAUGAAGCUGGAGGUGGCCAAUAAGAGCAGCCCGGACACCUACUGGGUGGCGACCAUCAUCACCACGUGCGGCCAGCUCCUGCUCCUGCGCUUUAGUGGCUACGGCCACGACCGCAAGGCCGACUUCUGGUGUGACGUCAUGACCGCCGACCUGCACCCCAUCGGCUGGUGCGCCCAGAACAGCAAGGUCCUCAUGCCCCCAGAAGAUAACGUUUACCUAAGAAAAGCCAUAAAGGAGAAGUACAGUGACUGGACCGAGUUUCUGAUUCAGGAGCUGACGGGCUCUCGGACUGCCCCAACUAACUUGCUCGAAGGGCCCCUGAGAGGGAAGAACACAGUGGACCUGAUCACAGAGGGAUCCCUGAUGGAGCUCCGGGACCUCCAUAACCCCUCCCUCUACUGGCCUGCGCGGGUCAUCCAGAAUGUGGGGGGGCGGCUGCGCCUACGCCCUGUGGGCGUAGAGGGCGACACCCACGACACCUGGCUCUUCUACCUGGACCUCCGGCUCCGCCCCAUGGGCUGGUGUCAGGAGAACAACCUUACUGUGGAGCCGCCCCCAGAUGUGCAGGCUGAGAAGAGCGCACCCGAGUGGCUGGAGGACCUGGACAGAGCGAGGGAAGAGGCGGAGAAGAACCCCCUGCCCUUAGAGGUGUUUAAGGAUCAGGCAGAUCUGCGGAAACAUUCCUUCCGGAUGGGGAUGAAGCUGGAGAUGGUGUCCCCCCAGGAACCCUUCCACAUCUGCCCUGUGUCUGUGACCCAGGUCUACAGCGAAUACUACUUCCGGGUCACGGUGGAUGACCUCAGUGCUGAGGCCUUGGCCGUCUCUGUGGUGUGCCAUGCAGACUCCCCGGGCAUACUGCCCCCCCAGUGGAGCUUUAAGAAUGGGGUCACCCUGGAGCGCCCCAAAGGUUACCUCAGUCAGGAUUUUGAUUGGGCGGACUACCUGAAGCAGAGCGGGGCGGAGGCCGCACCUGACGCCUGCUUCCCAGACACAUCGCUUAGUCGGGGCUUUGUUGAGGGCAUGUGGCUGGAGGCAGUGAAUCCGUUGCAGCCGUCAGAGAUCUGCGUGGCUUCGGUCCGGCAGGUUCGAGGGAGGCUGCUGUGGCUGCAUCUGGAAGGUUUGAGUAAGCCACUCCCAGAAUGCAUUGUGGAUGUGGAGUCCAUGGACAUCUUCCCAGUGGGGUGGUGUGAGGCCAAUGGGUACCAGCUGACCCUCCCGUACCGGGCUGUUUGCCAGAAACAAAAGAAGAUUGCAGUGGUCCAGCCUGAGAAACAGUUGGUUCCCCCACAGGCAAUGGAGAAUGUACCAAACAACCUCUGUCCAAGCGUUGCACUGGAAACAGUCUCCUCCAAUGGGAAGUACUGCUGCUCUCAGAUCUGUGUGAACCACCGCUGUUUCUCGGGGCCUUACCUGAACAAAGGGCGAAUUGCGGAGCUGCCCCAGGUUGUGGGGCCUGGAAAGUGUACGCUGGUCCUCAGAGAGGUACUCAGCAUGCUCAUCAAUGCAGCCUACAAGCCAGGUCGGGUCCUGAGGGAACUUCAGCUGGUGGAAGACCCACAGUGGAACUUCCAGGAGGAAACUCUAAAAGCCAAGUACAAAGGGAAGACGUACCGGUCAACAAUAAAGAUUGUGAGGACUUCGGACCAGGUGUGGGACUUCUGUCGGAAGGUCUGCCUCAAGCUGCAGUGCUGUCCCAGCCUCUUUAGCCCCACCCUGGUGGCCGACAAGUGUCCGCACAACUGCUCCGUACAAACCAAGACCAAAUACACACAUUACUACGGUAAGAAGCGGAAGGUGAGCGGGCCAACAGCGGAGGAGAACUCUCCGGACAGCGGCGUGACCAAGCCCGCCCGCCGCAGGAAGAAGCGAAAGGCGAUCUUCGUCCAGAAGAAACGGCGGUUGUCCUCCGUGGACUACACUCCUGCAGGGUCAUCUCAGGACAGUGAAGACGAUGAGGACGGUGAGGACCAGUCGGGCAGCGAAGAGGGCACCAGCUCGGAGCCUCGCGAUGACCAGACUGACACCUCGUCCGUGGAGGUGGCCGUCCGCGGCCGCCCGCGUCGCGCCGCCACGCUCCGGAGGAACACUGACACCGUGGCAACCGUCGGCACGGAGACGGCCCGUCACAAGAGGACCACCCGCUCCCUGACCUACACAGAGAGCACCAAGUACCAGCCUGCCAAGGGACCGGUCACUAAGGUAGAGAGCUGCGAGGAGGAGGGGAAGCUGGUGCUGGACACUAACCCUCUGGAGUGGACAGUGGCUGACGUGGUCCGGUUCAUUAAGUCUACCGACUGUGCCCCACUUGCCAAAAUAUUCCAGGAGCAGGACGUGGAUGGCCAGGCUCUGCUGCUCCUCACUCUCCCCACAGUGCAGGAGUGCAUGGACCUGAAGCUGGGGCCCGCCAUCAAACUGUGCCACCAGAUCGAGAGGGUCAAAGUGGCCUUCUACGCACAGUACGCCAACUGAUGCCCUCGCCAAACGCGGAGGAAGCCUCAGGGCCUGUUCCACCGCCGCCCGUGGAUCCAGAGGGCCACUCCGUGUUGCAUUUCACUCUGGCCACGAGUUCACUUUGGAGUCUGUUUGGAGCUGUCUGAAGAAGACUUUUUCGGAACUCUGUAAUCCACUGGUGUAGAGGUGCACCCUGCAGACGUGGAAUGUUGAAAAAGUUGUUUGGUGGAUCCCGGAUCAUCAUUUUGUUGUUUGGUUACACAGGCAGCACUUUGGCGCAAGAGUCAAGAUUCUCCAUAGCAAAUACAGCUGAAGUCAACAGUGGUUACUAUUGGCAACAUGGCCAACAUCAGUGGGAAUUCAUGGCAGGAGGAAAUGACGUCACGUACGUUGGUGGAAGUGAUGUCAGGCACUGGAAGUUCCCCUUUGCAGCGAAUGUGAAAUCUCACGCAUGGUACAUCAAGACCAUAGAUCGUAGGCCUCUGGAAGUUUGGAGGCGGUGCAGAUCAAUGAUGCGUUCUGAAAGAAAGUCAAGCACCGCGCGGCUCAACUCUUACAGACCAAGGCCUCUCUGUGGUAAUUUACCUCACAGAUGCACAAAGUAUCAACUAGUUCAGGUGAAACAGUCAGGAAAUCUCAACUCUCAAGAAACAUGUGACUGAAAUGACAGGCAAAGAUCAUACUGAGUGGUUUUUCCCAAGUUCUUUUGCAAGAAUAUUUCUGCUUUGGGGACGGCUUUUCUGCAGACUGUACGCGUCUUUACCGAAAACCCUUUUAUAUGUGAAACAGACAUAUGUAAGGUAUGUCCUGUACAUGCACAGUUCAUUUGUGGAUUUAUUGUUCUAUCACAUAUUUUGAAAUACAUUUUGAUUUCCAAGUCAAAUUGAAUAAUAAUAAUAGAUUACAUUUAUAUAGCGCCUUUCAGAGUGCUCUACAGUGAAGUGGGGGGAUUCACCUCAGCCACCGCUAAUGCACAGCAGUCCGUAUGCCAUAAUUGGUGUAAGCAUUUUGGAAAUGCUAAAGAAUUAAGGUAUGAAUAAAAGUAAUAUAUUUGCU